UGAACUGGGAAUUUAUUCUCCAGGAAUCUUGGGACUCAAGUCUGGGCUUGGCUGCGAGCAAACCUGCAACAACUUGGACGCCAAGGGCUUUGCAUGGGUGCUGCAGGGAGGUGAUUGCUGCUGGAUUCCCCAGAGCAGCUGUGGAUGCGCUGAUGAGCCAGGCAGCAUGUCAACAAAACGCUGGUUGCCGGGAACGCAGUGCAUCACCAAGCACGACCACACCAAGCCCAAAGCCCGCGAGCUCGCCUUCCGCAAAGGCGACAUCGUCACCAUCGUCAAGGUCUGCGAGCAGAAAGGCUGGUACCAAGCGAAACACCACGACACCGGCGAGGAGGGGCUGCUCUUGGCCAGCUCGGUGCGGGAGCGCGAAGCCAUCCGCGUCGACCCCAAGCUCAGCCUGAUGCCCUGGUUCCACGGGAAGAUCUCUGGUGUGGAGGCCGUGCAGGCGCUCCAGCCCCCUGAGGACGGGCUCUUCCUGGUGCGGGAGUCCAUCCGGCACCCCGGGGACUACGUGCUGUGCGUCAGCUUCGGCCAGGAGGUCAUCCACUACCGCGUCAUCUACCAGGAGAACCAGCUGAGCAUCGACGCCUCCAUCUGCUUCUACAACCUCAUUGACAUGAUCGAGCACUAUAUGAAGGACCAGGGAGCCAUCUGCACCAAGCUGGUAAAACCCAAACCAAAGCCCGGGAUGAAGUCUGCUGAGGAGGAGCUGGCCAAGGCCGGCUGGUUACUGAAACUGCAGCACCUCACACUGGGAGACAAGAUUGGGGAAGGAGAAUUCGGAGCCGUCCUGCAGGGAGAUUACAUGGGGCAGAAAGUGGCCGUGAAGAACAUCAAGUGCGACGUCACCGCCCAGGCCUUUCUCGCUGAGACCGCUGCCAUGACGAAGGUCCGUCACAAAAACCUGGUGCGGCUGCUGGGUGUGAUCCUGCACAACGGCCUCUAUAUCGUCAUGGAGUACAUGAGCAAGGGGAACCUGGUCAACUUCCUGCGGACACGGGGCAGAUCCGUCCUCCAGCCCAAGCAGCUCAUCCAGUUCGCCCUGGACAUCUCCCAGGGCAUGGACUACCUGGAGUCCAAGAAGCUGGUGCACAGGGACCUUGCUGCCCGCAACAUCCUGAUCUCAGAGGAGAACGUGGCCAAAGUGAGUGACUUCGGCUUGGCCAAGGUGGACCCGAAAGGCGUAGACGACACCAAGCUGCCGGUCAAGUGGACGGCUCCGGAGGCCCUGAAAAAUAAUAAAUUCUCAACCAAGUCGGACGUCUGGAGCUAUGGGAUCCUCCUGUGGGAACUGUUCUCCUACGGCCGGGCGCCCUACUCUAAGAUGACUCUGAAGGAAGUGACGGAGAUGGUGGAGAAGGGGUACCGGAUGGAGGCCCCUGAGGAAUGCCCGCCCUCCCUCUACACCCUGAUGAAGAGCUGCUGGGAGAUAGAGCCGGGGAAGCGGCCUUCCUUCAAGAAGCUCACCGAGAAGCUGCAGAAGGAGCUGAAGCACAUAGGGGACAGUUAGCCCUGGUGGCUCCUGCUCCCAGGGCCGCAACAGCUCCGACUCCCUGCUCCUGCACGAGGCUGAGAGACUGGUUCCAAGGGGCCCGUAUUUACCCUGGCAGCCCUAGCAUGUCCCUGCCACGAGCACAGCUCUCCGAGAGCGCAUACAGGCUGGGAACAGACUGGCGUCGUGUGCCCCGUGGGUACAUGUACGCCGAGGGGGUGCUCAGUUCUGAACCAGACCUGCCAGGUUUCUGAUUCGUUCAGGAUGAGUCUGGUCAGUCGGCCCCGUGGAUCACAAUCUGGUGGCCAUAUGCCCCCCGUCCACUAGCCACAAACCACAGCUCAGGGACGGCCGGGAGGAGUGUGUCCCAUUGUGCCAAGCCAGCAGCACCCUCCUGUGGCGGCUGCUCGAGCAUGUGAGCCCUUGACACUCCUGCAAUCAGCGCAAAUGGCCCAUUGCCAGGCUGGGAAACGUUCAGCGUAGCCAGGACGUCUCCAGGGUCCAGGGACUGCGCUGGGGCUGGGGCGGGAGAAUGGUGGGUGGAGAGGAAGUGCUGCUUCCCAGCUCUUGGAACCUGGACUCAGUUCUCCGGAGGCUCCUACUGAUGUUUAUUUCCAAGUGUUUCCCUCAUGUUUUAGUGACUGAAAAUGUGGCAGCAGCACAAAACAAACAGAGUCCCCCUGUCCUCUGCCUGGCCUGUGCGUUAUUCAUCAGGACCAGCUGAGAUUCGGCAAAAUUCACCAACAUGGCUUCAGCCAAACUAGCUCAGCAGCUGCGUGACUAAAGGCAUCGUUGUAAUAGGGGGUGCCCGACUGGAUGUCAGGCCCGGUCUUUGCCUCAGUUUCCCUUUGUGGAGGUCUCCAGCCAGACUCUUGUCAGUCAAGUAAGCCUUCCCCUGCUUGCCAGUGUCUCAGCCCCUGCUGCCUGCUGUUCCCUCCAGCCUGUUCCUCUUUGGGCUUCUGCCCCUUGCUGCCAGCAGCUCCAGCUUGGCAUGGCUCGC